AUGCAGGACCUUACUAUCAUACCGACAAACUCGACCACUGCCACUAUCCACGUCGUUCCGUUUCCGAACGCAAAGGAAUCGGUCGCUGACUUUCCCAAGAAAGAGUCCAGUGUAGACCCCUUCUUGAUACGCUUCUACGAGAACGAUCCUGACAACCCGAAGAACUGGUCAUCGGCGAGGAGAUGGUAUCUAACGAUGUUCUCAGGCCUGCUCGUCCUCAAUGCUACUUUUGCAAGUAGCGCCCCAUCAGCAAUGCUGCCGGCAUUGAUGGAGCACUUCACGUUCUCUUCCGAAGUGGGCAACCUCGUUGUCUCGCUCUUCGUCGCAGGGUACUGUGUAGGUCCGCUAAUAUGGGGUCCACUAUCUGAACAAUACGGCCGGAGACCCGUCUUUGUGUCUACAUUCUUUAUAUAUGUCCUUUUCGAAAUGGCAUCUGCGCUCGCCAAAAAUACUGGUUCAUUACUUGUAUUCCGGUUUCUCGGAGGUGUAUUCGCCGCUUGUCCGCUCACCAACUCUGGUGCUCUGUUAGGUGAUAUAUGGGAUCCAAAAAGGCUCGGCAUUGCAAUGUCUGUCUUCUCGGUUGCUCCGAUCGCUGGACCGGCUAUUGGCCCGCUCGUGGGCGGCUACCUCGCUCAGAACAAUGUGUCGUGGCGGUGGCUAUUCUGGAUUCUCACCAUCUUUGCUGGUGUAUGCUGGGUCUUCAUCGUAUUGACCCUCCCAGAGACAUUCCAACCUAUCAUUCUCGUACAUAAAGCACGGGACGUGAGGAAGCGGACGGGUGAUAACAGAUAUUACGCUCCCUUCGAACUACGAAAACUCUCUUUCGCGCAGCGUAUCGAAAGUAUCUUGGCUCGUCCCUUCAAAGUGUUGUUCAGCGAACCGAUGCUUAUGGCUAUCACGGUGUAUAUGAGUUUUGUGUACGGAUGCCUGUAUAUGUUGUUCGAGGCAUACCCCAUCGUCUUCACCGAAGGGCACCAGAUGAGUGCUGGUUCGACGGGACUGACAUUUCUCCCAAUCUUAAUCGGAGGAGUGUUCUCCGCUGUCCUUUACGUCGUCAUCUUCAACCCCAGAUACGAACGUAGAGCUCAAGAAUUCGCCCCAAACCGCGUUCCUCCGGAAUACCGUCUGGAGAUGGCGAUGGCUGCGGCCCCUUUCUUUGCCAUCGCCUUUUUCUGGUUCGCUUGGACGUCUUAUCCUAGUAUAAGCAUUUGGGCACCCUUGAUGUCUGGAUUGUUAGUAGGGUGGGGCGUGUGCUGGAUCUUCCUCUCGCUCCUGAACUAUAUUAUUGACGCUUAUUUGAUGGUUUCCGCGUCCGCGUUGGCGGCCAACACAGUAGUCCGGAGUCUCGUUGGUGCUGGAUUCCCGCUCUUCGCUGACCAAAUGUACAACAAGCUUAAUCCCCGAUGGGCAUCAACACUGUUAGGCUUUGUUGCCUUGGCUAUGGCACCCAUCCCCUUUGUGCUGUUCAGAUUUGGUCCAACGUUGAGAAUGAAGUCCAAGUACGCACCUUCGGGAAAGCCUCCAGCGGCAGCAACUAGUGCAGCUUGA